AUGAUCCCGCCGCCCGACUCGCUGCUGCGCUACGAGCCGCCCGUGCUCGUGAGCCGCCGCGGGGAGCGCCGCCCCGCGCCCGCCGCCCCGCCGCGCCCCGCCUCCGCCGCCGCCGAGCCCGCGCGCGACGUGCUCAACGCCAUCCUGCCGCCGCGGGAGUGGAGCGAGGACGGGCGGCUGUGGGUGCAAGAGGUGUCGGGCGCGCCCAGCACCCGCGCCGACGUGGUGCGUCUGCAGGAGCAGCUGGACCUGCGGCUGCAGCAGCGCCAAGCACGCGAGACCGGCCUGUGCCCCGUGCGCCGUGAGCUCUACGCGCAGUGCUUUGACGAGCUGAUUCGUGAGACGACUAUCAACUGUGCCGAGCGGGGGCUGCUGCUGCUGCGCGUGCGGGACGAGAUCCAGAUGACGCUCGCUGCCCACCAGACGCUCUACGAGAGCAGCGUGGCCUUCGGUAUGCGGAAGGCGCUGCAGGCUGAGCAGGGCAAAGCCGACAUGGAGAAGAGGAUUGCAGAGCUAGAAGAAGAAAAGCGGGAGUUGGAAAAGCAAGUGAAUGAACAGAAGGCUAAAUGUGAAGCUAUUGAAAAACGUGAAAAUGAAAGGCGACAGACAGAGGAAAAGAAGCACACCGAAGAGGUCCAGUUCCUGAAACGCACAAAUCAGCAGCUGAAAGCCCAACUUGAAGGCAUCAUUGCACCAAAUAAGUAGAUCUCUUAUUGUCCCCCCGCCUAUGCUCAGAAGAACUGUCAAAGCAAGAAGUUUGCAAUUAGUGAAGAAGAUCUGUCUUCCUAAAACAACCCUGAAUUUUCAC